GUGCGUGGCACAGACCCAGCCCUUGGGCAAGCCCGGGCCGCCUCCUCCUCCUCCGCGGCGGGGCGGGCCAGGCCGGCCCGGUCCCUCCUCCCCUCCCGCCGCCGCCGGGCCGGGGCGCAGCGCAGGGGGCGGUGAGGGCGCACCCGCAGGCCGCCGAGCCCUCCCGAGGGAGGCGGCAGGACGGAGGAGAGCGGGCCGCACACACGGUCCAGAAGCACUAGGGUACUUGACUUUGUUUUAAUUGCUAAGCCACAAAGACUGCAAACAUGUCGCUGGAAGACAUCCAUAUGAACACCCAGGAUUUGCUUGAAAAAAAACAAUUAGACGCUGGAGGAUUUGGAACAAUUUCUUUAUGCUUUCAUAAGAAACAUGGAUAUGUAGUAUUAAAAAAGGUGUAUACAGGACCCCAGCGCACUGAAUAUAAUGCUUCCCUCCUUGAAGAAGGCAAGAUUAUGCGCAGACUGCAGCAUGACCGUGUGGUAAAACUACUAGGUAUAAUUUUGGAAGACGGCAACUACUCCCUUGUGAUGGAGUACGUGGACCGGGGGAACAUGAUGAAAGUGCUACAGAAACUCCCACUGCCUUUGUCGGUAAAAGGGCGUUUUGUGCUGGAGAUCGCAGAAGGAAUGCUUUAUCUGCAUGAGCAAGGCUUCGUACACAAAGACCUAAAACCAGAAAACAUCCUUGUGGACAGAGAUUUCCACAUUAAGAUUGCAGAUCUUGGUGUUGCCUCCUUUAAGAACUGGAGCCGGCUCACCCAAGAAGAGACUGUCCGACAGAAGCAAAUCAAGAGCACUUUCCAGAACAAUGCUGGGACCCUUUUCUAUAUGGCCCCUGAGCAUUUAAGCUCUCUAAAUGUAAAACCUGUGGAGAAGUCAGACGUUUAUAGCUUCGGCAUAGUGAUCUGGGCAAUUUUUGCUGACAAAGAGCCAUAUGAGCAUGGUAUAAAUGAAACCCAGAUUUGCUUUGGUAUCAUGAAUGGAAACAGACCAGACAUAAAGGAGAUCACUGAUAAGUGUCCAGUGGAAAUUAUUGACUUAAUGAAACAAUGCUGGGAUAAAGAGUCAGAGAAACGGCCACCUUUUUCUUUUCUUUUUGCAGAAAUUAGUGAAAGAUACAAGCCAUUUUACUAUCAAAAUUUAGGAAAAAAUAUUGAAGAUGAUCUGAAGAAGUUAAAAAAAACGUGGCCUGAGUCAAAUGAACUGCUGAAUAGGAUGCAAUCCCUUCAAAUAGAUGCUGUAUCAGAAGAUGCCAGUAAUAGUCAAGUAGAUCAGCCUAACUCUCUACACAGCUCUCAAGGUCCCAUGACCAGUCAGAUUAACGAAGCUCUGUUUGCUGCCUCCCCUGAAAACCAGCCUGUUGAGAGCUGUGAGACCUCAUUUACACCUGCUGAUAAUCUAGAAAGCAAACUUCAGUGUGAAUACAACUACCAUGUAUUCGGGAGCCGGAUGGAUAAAGCAAUUCCACCUAUAGUAUACACCCCUGAAAUGAGAGAGGAAGAAAGGAGACGAAGAGUUUCCUAUGAUCCAUAUGUAAAGCCAUCUCCUACUCCUCAAUGGAACGAACUGUAUCCAAGAGCUGAAAAAACAGGAUCAAACACUAAUCCAUAUUUUUGGCCACAGCCAGCUGCAACAGCACUGAAACAGGGAAAUGUGGAUGUUUUUCGUGGGCCAAACCCUAACAGUCUUCUAACGGGAAACACAGAGGGUCUCUAUGGAUUGCAUUCAGCCAAUACUUUUAGCCUAAGUAAACCUCCUGUGCCUGAAUCGGGCCUAAACCUGCAGUCACAGACCAAUGCAAACUGGUACCCAAAGAAUGCAGACACAGAUACAGGUAACAAAGAUUCCACUUCUUUCACAAGGGGAACUUUUACAUAUUAUCCUCCUGCACCCAGAGUAAGCACAGAAGAUUCAGUCAAGUACAACAUAAGUAACAGUUCUGGAAUUCAAAUUGGAUCCUACAAUCACAUGAAGAUUGAAGAGCACAAUCAACACAUCAGCACUUCUCCUGUUGCUACAGAAGCAACUUACACGCAUUAUGAAGCAUCGGGUAUAUUUGAUGAUGCUACUGUCCUGACUGAUAAACAUUUGAAUCUAGUGAGAGAAAAGUUGGCUAAACAGUGGAAGCACUGUGCUCGUAAACUGGGCUUCUGUGAUCCUGAGAUUGAUGAAAUUGAUCAUGACUAUGAACGAGAUGGACUAAAAGAAAAAGUUUACCAAAUGCUGCUUAAGUGGGUAAUGAGGGAAGGCUCCAAAGGUGCUACAGUUGGAAAGCUUGCCAGAGCCCUCUUUGGCUGCCAAAGACUGGAUCUUCUUACUAGUUUGAUGCAAAUCAACGAGGAAUAAGUUGACUGAGAACUGGGGAAAAAUAAGGGUGUUUUUUCCUAAAGAUCUCCCGAUAACAAGUAUUAAUUUUGAACAGACUUUCUGGAGCUCUCCUUUUUGCACAGACUUUUUGGAAUACAUUUUUUCUGCCAAGCAGUUUUCAGUAAAUAUCUGCAGUAAAUCAAAAAGUUUAUGUCAAGAUAGUUGGUCUUCCAGAGGAUAAAAGAAAAUAAGCAUCUUCCUUCUGAAUGAUUUUUUGAAGAUAAUGACAACCAAAUGCAAUAGUAGUAUUGAUUCAAGGAGAACACGUUAUACAAAAUUUCUAUAUUCUGUCUUGAAACACGUUGGUGAACAAAAGCAUGUAAUUUCAGCAAAACUAAUAUAUUAGUAAUAGUAUGUGAAAGACUGACUCACUCCUUGAAAAACUUGGACAGAAAACAAAAUCAACUCUUUAAGUUUUGCCAGAAGUGCCAAUACUUAGAAGGGUACUAUCCCAGAUUGCUCUAAGUCAAUAUGAUAUUAUUUUUUUAAAUCUUUUUAUAAUGGUUAUUAAAUACAGUUGUCUGUAAUUAUGCAAAGAGAAGUGUGAAUAAAAGCAAAAAUUAUUUUUGGCUUUAAAAGUAUAUAAUUGAUAAAAUACUUUCACAGGGUAAUAUUGCAUUAGAUUUUUACAUUGCUUGGUAGAAAAGAUCUUACAUGGUAAGUUUCUCAUCUGCUUUAUGGAAUAGUGAAAAAAUAUGUUUAAUCAUUAUGCAAUCCAAAGUAAAAACUUGGGAAUAUGAGAGCUUUGGGAAGGGGAAAGUGCCUUACUGCCACAUGACAGAAGACCCAUUCUCCUACUCACUUCGGGGAGGAUUACUGGUUUCUCAAUCUUUUAGGCUGCAUUUAUACUAGUAAAUUAAAUGUGCCUGGGAAUCUUCGUGGGUGCUGAGGUUAACUGGCAUGCCACAGCCUGCUGCAAGGAUAUGAAAUUCUUUAAACCUUCAAAAUAUUGUGGAAGUGCUGAAGUUGUGUCAGGGAAUGACUGAACCACUCUGCAGUGUAGGUGAUGGUAUCCCAACGCCUGGGAAUAUUCGUUGCCACUCUAACUUGCUAGUAUCGACAUAAUCUCAGUGUGCAAUAUCUACGAAAGAAGCAUUAUUGAGCUCUAAAUUUUUAUGCCCUAAGAAUAAUUAUGUCGAACUUUUCCUGUGAAGGAUGAUACCUCCUAGUUGCAUUAAAUCUACAAAUGUUUCCAGCAUA